AGUCGUGGCUCCUCCGCGCGUAAUGCGGACGGUCUCCUGCGCCGGUGGCGGUGAGACACCUCGGCACAGUGGUCCAGCGAGCGGCUCGCUUCGGGGGACAGUUUCCAGCUGUGGACAUUGAAGAAAGGAAAUGAGUGGUUUGAUAUAAAUCCCUGAUUGAAUCCUCGCGGACACUCAGACUUUUCUGUGCGCACUUUUCCAAGUGAACGCGUCUCUGAGGGGUCGGAGAACAUCAUGACGACCAGAGGCUCGUUCUCUGCGCUUCACCUGAGUCUGAUGCUGCAGCUGCUCCUCUGCUGGGAACCGACGGAGGCCAUUCACCCGGACUGCGCCCUGGUGGUCCAGCACAUGAGAGCUGAGGAACAAUGUAACCAGGUCCUCAAACAGGAGGAGAGGAACCGUUCCAGCAGGACAGGUUGUCCGACAGUUUGGGACGACAUCCGGUGCUGGUCCCGAGCUGAGGUGGGACAGGUGGUGAGCGUCUCGUGUGCCAACGUGUCCCAGCUGUUUGCCAAUAAUGAAGGUUACAUCUACAGGAACUGCACUGAGGACGGCUGGUCUGAGGCUUUUCCUCCCUACGAGAACGCCUGUGAGUUUGCAGAAGAUGAGGAGACGGAACCUGAGACGACGUACUUCUCCAACUUCAAGCAGGUUUACACGGCAGGAUACGCCACCUCCCUCAUCUCGCUCAUAUCGGCUAUUUUUGUCUUCACCGUGUUCAGGAAGUUCCACUGCACCAGAAACUACAUCCACAUCAACCUGUUCUUCUCCUUCAUCCUGAGAGCGAGCGCCGUCUUCAUUAAAGACGGCGUCCUGUUUUCUGAUGAGAACCUGGACCACUGCUUCAUGUCGACUACGUCCUGUAAAUCAGCCGUGGCCUUCUUCCAGUUCAGCAUCCUUGCAAACUACUUCUGGCUGCUGGUGGAGGGCAUGUACCUGCAGACGCUGCUCGCCCUCACCUUCGUCUUCCAGAAGAAAUACUUCUGGUGGUACAUCCUCAUCGGCUGGGGUCUCCCAACGACGAUCAUAUCGGCCUGGAUCCUCACUCGCAACUUCUACGAUAACAAGGGGUGCUGGGACGACACAGACGUGGACUUUGUCUGGUGGAUCAUAAAAGCUCCAAUAACUGCUUCACUGCUGGUGAACUUCAUCAUCUUCAUCAACGUGAUCCGGAUCCUGGUGCAGAAGCUGAGGUCUCCUGGUGUCGGGGGAAAUGACACCAGUCACUUCAAGAGACUGGCCAAAUCCACUCUUCUGCUCAUCCCCCUGUUCGGGAUGCACUACAUGCUGUUUGCCUUCCUGCCAGAAACCACCGGAGCAGAAGCCCGACUCUUCAUCGAGCUCGGAGUCGGAUCCUUUCAGGGGUUCGGUGUGGCUCUGCUCUACUGCUUCCUGAACGGAGAGGUGCAGGCGGAGCUGAAGAAGAGGUUCUGGAAGUGGCAGACUCAGAAUUACCUGCGAUACAGUAAACGACGGCGUACGUUGUUCACUGAGAGCAGCACCGUCACUCAGAUCUCUGUUCUGGACAAGUCCAGCCCCAAAGAUCAGCCGGGCUCAGAGACACAGGCGCUCACACACACCGUCACCGCGACGCCCAACAACGUCUCCACGGUCUGACGAGCGCUCAGCGUGUUCGUGUGUUGUCAGCGUGUUGAAAGCUACAGGAACCUCCGGAGAGUUUCUACUCUCAAAACGUUUGAGUUGUGUAGGGGGCGCUCACGAGGCCAUGCAGGGCCGAUGGGGGCCGAUGGAGCUGAAGCGUUUAUCGACCUGCAGACACAAUAGAUGUAGUUCAAUGAGAUCAGAUUUGCUCCUUUUUAAUCACAGUUAAAACCUUUUUGUUUGUGUUUGUGACGUCACCACGAGACACUUCACGAUAUCCGCCAUUUUGCUUUCUGUGUCCAUGUGGAAAAACAGAAACGUCAUCAUCAAUCAUUCAAUACUGAUAAAUACAAAUCCAUACAAUAUUUAAAUGACAGUUAUAGAUAACAAACAACCUUUUGGUUCAGAAGCAGGUCAUUGAGGAUUACCUCGUGAGCGCCCUCUAGGUGAACUGCAGCCACUCUUGAUGCAACAGCAUCAGUGAGAAAUGGAAACGCUCUCUUUUAGUUCUUAUAUUAUUUAAGGAUGUUUUUGCAGAAUCCUUCAUGUGCUGCCAGAUUUACAAGUGUUGACUUCAACUUGAGUCUAAAUGAAUUCACUCCACGUCACCAGGACUUUACCUGAGACGUGAUAAUUCUCCGACUCACACAAACUCACGUUACUCUGCAGUUUUGUGUCUAAGGUGAAUGUUUGUUUCCCCCGAUUACAGACGUGUAAAACAUCUGCCCGGUCACCGUGAGCGACCCCAACUCAGGUCAGACCCCCCCCCCACACUCUAAUGACUCAUCCAACAUCUCUUAGGUAAAAGUUUUCUUUGUGUUUUAUCAAAGAUAUUCACUAAAAUAUGCAUAAAAUUGAAAAGUAAUUUCAAAAGCAGUUUAAUUAGUUACAUAUUCCACAGAUCAUGAGGGUUUUAUUUUGCUAAAGGGAAUCUUAAGCCUUUUGAAAGGCUCCUAACUUUGCAGAAUUAUUCUGUCAACAGGAUUUUAAUGAAAGUUUAAGUAAUGACUCCCAGGCAGCGAUGACACGAUCACAGAUGAGUCUUUACAGAUUUGACAGAAACCUUUUCUCACCACGUUAAACACUUGAACAUCUGCAAAGUGACAGUAUUUAUUUCCUCGUCCUCGCUGUAACUGAUUCCGAGCCACACGGUGUUCGGUUGUCGGGCGUCUCAUGAUCACAUGACGAUCUCAGAUGAAAUGAACGUGCCCGUGUUACCGCCAGUGGCUCUGAACGCAGCAUGUUGCACAGUGCACUCGUGCACAUCUGGAGCACUAGACUGUAAAAUCUAUUUAUUUGCCAGGUUAUUGUUUUUAUGUCUGUGUGAAUGUGAACAGACCUGCGCUGGUUUACAUGUAUUUUAUGACGACGUUGCGUCCGACAGAUUGAAUAUGACUAACUGAAGAAAUGACCUUGUUGUUGUAAAAUGAAAAUAGAUUAAUUUUAAAGUGAGUAGAGCUAAGUUGAUAUUUAUAUUUAUCAUUUUUAUUCUUUUAUGCAACAAUCUUGUAAAAUGUGGAGAAAAUUUAAAUUGUACAUGUCGCAACGUGUUAAGUGCAACGUGCUAAUGCUACCACUAGGUUCCUCACAGGAGACCAGAUGUUUUUAAGUUGAAUUCAUAUUGUUUGAGUUUAACAUUUAGCAGGUGUAUGUUAAACUGUAUUUAUACUGUAUAUGUAUAUUUACAGUAUAAUCCAUGGCUCAGUUAAUCACCACUACAGUGCCUAUAUAUCAAACUAUAACUCACUGUCUCUCUGCAUUUCAGGAUUCAUAUAUUUCACAUUAUUAUUAAUAUUAUUAAUAUUCCAUGUACUGAGCAUAAACACACGUUGCUUCUGUUUUGAAUCUGCAAAAGUUGAAUGUGUUUAAAGUUACUCUCCUUUAAUGAAGAGACUGUGAUUUCUGAUCUAUUCACAGUCUCAUCUCUUUUCUCUUACUUGAACAAGUGAAUGUUUCUUUUGCAGGUUCCUGUUUACGACGUGAUUGAAACGUUUCUGGUUUGGUGUCAUCUUAUUUGGGACCAUUACCAUAUUUAUAUAUAUAUAUAUAUAUAUAUUAUUUAUCACUAUAUUCCAUAUUGCAUCAGAUACAUAAACCAUGUACAGAGAUUUACUGCAAACUGUUCACAUUAAACGCAGGUAAAAUAUCCA